UGCCGCUGGGGCAGAAAAGGCUCGCGCGCUCCCUCGCCUCUCCUGCCCGCCUGCACGGCGCGGGCGGGCUGGAUCCCCCAUUUAUCUGCUUCCUCUUUCUUGCCUGCCUUGACCUGGCCGGGGGAGCGCGCGCGGUCCCCUAAACUGGGCAUCCCCGGGGCUGGGACUUCCGCGGCGUCUCCCCCUCCCCCAUCUGGGAAUGGUGUGCUGGGGAGGGGGGAGGGGGCACUUUCUCGGCGCGGCGGCCCCCCCUCCUCCCCGCGGCUUAAACCCAGAGGAGCGUCUCCGGCGCCUCCCAGGCUGCGUGUCUGGUGCGCGCGGAGGAUCGAUCCGCCGAGCGAGCGAGGGGAUCCCUCUGCCUGGAUGGCGCUGCGGCUUUAACCGGAGCUGGGGGAAGUCGUGGUCCUCCCCCGCACGCCCCCUUCUCCCUGGCCUGGCUUUCUAUUCUCUCGGUUUCGCGGGGAAUCUCUCCAUUCGGAGCAGCCCGAUCCCUAGAGGUCUUUGAUGCUGGCGGCCUCCUCCUGAAAAGGUCGGGGGAAAUCUCCCCUUGAGGACAAUCACGAAGAAAGCGCCUUCCCCCUCCCCGCCCUCGCUCCUCUUUUCCUUCCCCCGCGACCCGCCUCAGCAUCCCCCAAGCUGGAACAUUAUGGAGUUGGAGAACAUCGUGGCCAAUACCGUCUUGCUCAAAGCCAGAGAAGGCGGUGGAGGGAAGCGGAAAGGGAGGAGUAAGAAAUGGAGAGAGAUUCUCAGGUUCCCACACAUCAGCCAGUGCGAUGAACUUCGGAAGAGCCUGGAACGAGAUUACAGCAGUUUGUGUGACAAGCAACCCAUUGGCCGCCUGCUUUUCCGCCAGUUCUGUGAGACCCGGGUGGAGCUGCUACGGUGCAUCCAUUUUCUGGACGCUGUGGCAGAGUAUGAGCUUUCCCCAGAUGAGAAGCGCAAGGGAAUGGGAGAAGAGAUCAUCCGUCAGUUCUUCAACAGUGAGUCCCUGGGCUACAUGGCAGAGAUCGGCCAGCCGCUUAUGAGCCAGUGCACAGAAGACCUGCAGAGAAGUCCUUGUAAAGACCUCUUCAGCAGCUGUGUGCAGCGUCUGCAUGAGUACCUGAGCGGGACCCCUUUCACCAACUAUCAGGACAGCAUGUAUUUUGACAGAUUCCUCCAGUGGAAAUACCUGGAGAGACAAUCAGUGACCAAAGACACCUUCAGGCAAUACCGGAUCCUUGGCAAGGGAGGCUUCGGGGAGGUCUGUGCAUGCCAGGUGCGAGCUACAGGGAAGAUGUACGCCUGCAAGAAGCUGGAGAAGAAACGCAUCAAGAAACGGAAAGGAGAAGCCAUGGCUCUGAAUGAGAAGCAGAUCCUGGAAAAGGUCAACAGCCGUUUUGUGGUGAGCCUGGCCUAUGCCUAUGAGACCAAGGAUGCCCUGUGCCUGGUCCUCACCAUCAUGAACGGAGGCGACCUGAAGUUCCACAUCUACAACAUGGGCAACCCUGGCUUCGACAAUGAGCGUGUCACCUUCUAUGCUGCAGAGAUUUGCUGCGGGCUCGAGCACUUGCACCGGGAGGGCAUCGUGUACAGAGACUUGAAGCCGGAGAACAUACUUCUGGAUGAUGAUGGUCACAUCCGUAUCUCAGACCUGGGACUGGCCAUCAAGAUCGCAGAAGGUGACACCAUUCGGGGUCGAGUCGGAACGGUUGGCUACAUGGCUCCAGAGGUGAUCAACAAUGAGCGCUACUCUUUCAGUCCAGACUGGUGGGGGCUUGGCUGCCUCAUCUACGAGAUGAUUGAGGGCCAGUCACCCUUCCGGGCCCGCAAGGAACGUGUGAAGAGGGAGGAGGUGGAGAAGCGUGUGCAGGAAGAGCAAGCUCAGUACUCGGACAAGUUUUCUGAAGACGCCAAGGCCAUCUGCAAGAUGCUCCUGAUGAAGGACCCCAAGCAGCGGCUCGGAAGCAAGGGAGACGGAGCUGUCCAGGUGAAGCAGCACCCGUUCUUCAAGUCCAUCAAUUUCAAGCGCCUGGAAGCCGGCAUCAUGAAACCGUCGUUUGUGCCAGAUCCCCGGGCCGUGUACUGCAAAGACGUACUGGACAUAGAGCAGUUCUCCACUGUGAAGGGGGUCAACUUAGACCAAACUGACAACGACUUCUAUGUGAAAUUUGCCACCGGCUCUGUCCCCAUCCCCUGGCAGAAUGAGAUGAUCGAGACUGAGUGCUUUAAAGAUCUAAAUGUCUUUGGACCAAAUGGCACCCGAUCUCCAGACCUGGACUGGAAACAGCUCCCUGAGCCCCCCAAGCGUAGCCUCCUGCAACGGCUUUUCCGACGUAACGGUUGCCUUAAGCACAAUGCUGACACCAGGACUUCCCCACCCUGUGCUGGACUCCAUCGCCAGCUAGGAACCUGGAGAAUGCAGCCUUCAGGUCUUCAGGAUGGGCAGGUCAGCAUCUGGCCGGGAGCCCCUGGCCGCCUCCUGGUGCUGACGUGGACUGCUGGCUCUGCUGGGACUCCAGUUGGACUCGCUCACCUGGAGCCCAGGAUGCCGCUCCUGGCUUUUGCUCCCCUUCGGAUCACCUGGGAACCUCUGGGCAUCCUGCCGCCACUGCUCUCUGCCUCGGCAGCACCACCCCUGCCAUGGUGUGAAUGUAAGACUGGCUGGGGAGCAUGUCUGAUCCCAGAGGGUCAGGAUGGGGUGUGUGGAGACAGCUUGAAGGCAGCCAUCGGUGCCUGAAUGGGAGGGCAUGUGUUGCGGGGAAGGGAGUGAACGGGUCUGGGAGAAGACUAUCUCCGAAGCAGGAGCCUUCCUGAGCAGUCUUUGUGGCGCCUGAGAUGGAGAAGGGCCAGCUGAGGCACACGUACGACUGCGUACGUGCAUUAAAUUAUUCGCUCCUUUGGGGCCAUCCAGGGUUUUCCGGGAAUUCUCCCACUGCAUACUCUUUACAGAAAGUCAGGCUGCAGAACAGUCAUCUGAAUGGGAUGGUGUAACGUGGCAUCCUGCAAGAACGGGGAGUUGGACCCCAUGGCCUUGCCUGGCUCCUUCCAACUCUGCCGUUCUAUGAUUCUAUGGAUAUCAGGCCUGGGGCCCAAAGCUGGCCCACCUGGAACCUGAGUCUGGCCCUCUGGUGCUCUCCAGACAGCCGCACCCCUUCCUCUGGCCCCACCCCCUUUCUCCUGGCCACAAAUGGCCAGAUGGUUGCUCUCCCCUCUUUUAAAAGGUUGAAACACCAUUCCUAAGGCUUAGUGACUGGCCGUAAGGGCACUAAGCUGCAACAGGUGGAUGGUUUUGGCCCCAUUCAUUUUACCUAGGACCCCCCCCCCACCCCUUCCUCCACUGCUGUGCAGCUCCAUGGAGCUUGCCUAGAGUGGAAUUUGGCCUUCAGGCUGAAAGGGGGUUGGCAGCUCUGCUUGAAGGCGUUCUGCAGCCUGGGGUCCUGUGGAGGAAAAGAGCAGGGCUGGGGGUCAUCCCAGGCCUUCAGCAUAGAGGAUCAAGGGGGCUGAAGGACCUUUGGGGCUUCCCCACCUUUCUUGGAAAGCAACCUUCCCAAUCUGAUGCCCGCCAGAUGGUUCGGACUACAACCCCCAGCAUUUCCAACCAUUAGCCAUGUUGGCUGUGCCUGAUGGGAACUGGUGUUCUAAGUGUCUGAAGGGUACCCAGUGUGAGCAGAUAAGCUGGGAAAGGGAGUACCUGGAUGCUUAAAUGCUUUGUACAGUCAGGGAACAGAUCUGAUGUGCAUCUUCUGACCAAAUGUGUGGAUUGAGACAUGGUCAUCCUUUGGAUUCUACACUGCUCUGGAGUUUCCAAUGUGAUUUCGCUUUACAGAGUACCAAAAUACAUCUUUUACAAUAACAUUCAUAUAAAGAUACUUUUUUUAAAAAAUGAGAAAAUAUAUAGAAAAAGUUGUAUUUUACCACCAAAUGCAUACAAAUUUUCAUAUGUCCUUUAAAAAACAAGCAAACAAACCAAAACUCACAAACUGAUGGAGAAAUGGAAAGGAUUUAUGAACUAACGCAAGGGAAAUUGACACAGACCAAACAUGGUGUGAUCUAUUCACUGCCCCUGCCUCCACAGCCAGCUGAGAGGAGCUUUGAACUGUCAAUCAAACUGGAAAAUUUCACUGAGGCAGGAACAGUCAGUGAUUCCAGACCAAGAAUUCCACUUUAACUACAACAUGCAGUGCUAACGGACCUGGUUUCUUUAUCUCUCCAUGUGUUAUUUUAUAAACCUCUAUUAUGGAUAAUUUAUUUAGACCUGUCUCCUCCCUUUUUGCUUUCUGUUUGUCUGUUCCCCUUUACCUCCUCCUCCCCCCUCUCCAUUCUGAAAAAGAGGUUGCAGUCACUGCUUUUGAAUACAUCUAGACUCAACCUGCCAGUGGAAUAACAAAUCUGCAUGGUUAGACAGCAAAAAGUCUUCUAGUUUCCCGAAUUCCCCAGCCAAUCAUGCUAAAUGGAGUGUGUGUGAUCGAUCUGAACAGCCCGAUCCUUUACAAGUUUCCUCAAAAUUAAGGCCAGCUGUAGCACACAAUGGAAUGAAGGGACAACAACACAACAGAAUAGACUAUACCACUCUGGACUGCAAGUAUAUGACAGCCUCUUCCCUUAGAUUAAAAUAGGCAAUAGCAAUUCCCUGCCAUGGAAGAAGCAGCUUAAUUCCAGAUGUGCUAGUUUUCUAGUUGUGGGGAGUUUUAUUUUACAUGAGGAAGCUGUCAGGAGCUAUAUCAGUACAUGGCUGCUCAGUUUGUGUACCACUGCUAGAAGGCCUAAGAAGGGCUUUGAGCUCUUCAGAUUGGCCACUGGGCUUUCUUGGCUCAGAAAGGAAGUGUGUAUCCUAUGCAUAUUUAGACAGGAAUAUGCUUCUCAUGCUGGUCUAGAUGGUUUCUCACCUAAACAUGCAUAGGAUUGUCUCUGGUUGGUUUUUUCUUCCAACUGCACCUUGCAGUGCGGUAGAGCUUGGUUGGAAGUGCAGGUGCUCAUCAUGGUGCCUUCAAGGAGAGCUAAAAUUCCAAGCAGCCCAAUGGAUUCAUGUUCACAAAGCCUUUCUAGACGUGUUCAUCUCCACCAGGAGCAGGCCUUUGGUAAGGCGAAUGGGUCUGCAUGGUGCCUUCAGGAACAAGACGUCCCCAAACACUUUGCAUCACAAUGAGGGACGCCACAUCGCUGCCCCUGCAGCCACCGUGAAGACUGGAGCCAAACUCAGAGGAAACAGGGAGUGCUGACGUGGGUGGUAGAGGACAGUGAUUUCCCUGCUACUGAAAGGUGCUGAUGCUGCGUCUCCAUGAGCCCUGGGUCUACCAUCCCUCUGGCACUUGGGUUCAGCAGCAAGCUUUUCCUGGGCUCAGGUGCAUCCCUGCUUGCCCUUUGCUCCUAACCUCUACUUGUCCUCCUGUUCUGACUUGUCCUCUGGUACUGACCACAACAUGGUGAUACAUUUAGAAGCAAAUCCCUAUCACCACAUUAUUUGUGUACACGCACAUGCAUUUUUCAGGAGUUUCAUAUCCCGGCACCAGAGAAAAACAUCUAAUCUCCAGGUCAGCGAUCCAAUUGUAGAAGUUUUCUCCUCCAACAGGAUCGGAUCUUUUGUCCAUCAGAAAGACCAAGCUACUGCAGGAGACCUCACAUUACAGCAGGGAAUACUUGCAACAAUUCUUUUCUGCUGGGGAAAUCUGUUUUCCUGCAACUGCUGUGAAGAGUCUAGUUAAGUCAGAAGACCAGGAGUUGGGUGCAGACAAUGGAUCCAGCCAACCCAGCAUUGCUCUCCAGGCCAGAGGCUCUCCUAGCCCUACCGGGAUGUGCCAAAUACGGCCCCGAAUCUGAGACAUUCUGCAUGCUCUGCCACUGACCCGCUCUGGUGAGUUGCUCACGAGGCCAUCGCUCUCUGUGAAGGCCAGGGGAAGAGAAAUCUAUUUUUACCAGAAGUGCUCCCUUUAUCUUAUCUUCUAGCUGUUGCUGGGGAAAGGGUCUGAGCCAAGCCUGGGUCUCAGUUAUUAGAUUUUUGUUUAACAGAGAAACAAUCUGGCCUUGGCGCAGGAAGGACUUCUCUCUAAGGCUGUAGGGAGACCCUCCAGCUCACCUUGCAGCGGUUACCUUUGGAUACAAGAAGCAGCAGCUGCUUUUUCUCAUGUCCUUUGUUCUCAUGUGCGAAACAGCCUGUUUUGGUGAUACAAGCAAUGCCAAACUGGGCUAUGGUUCAUAGACCCUGGACACCAAACUGCAUAUUAUGUUAAUUGUGCAGUGGCAAUUUACUUUAAAAAACCCUUUAGAAUACAUCUUCAUGGCUGCCAUUUCAACUGGGACCACCACCCACCACAACCGGAGGAUUACACCCUCUUGCCACCAUUUGCUUCCCAAAGUGCCACACUCAUGCAGGGAUUAAAACAAGAAGAAGAGAACUAUGGGAGACCUGCUGUUCUCUUUGAAGCCAGAAUUACCAGAGGAGAAUGCAGUCUGGACCCCCUGCAAGAGCAACAGCCCCCACAUGGGCAAUGAUGGGUUAUGGGACAGGUUGAAAACUCCUGGAGGGCUCCAGGUUGCCUACCCGCUGCAACAUGGCAGGCCUAGCUGCACCUGGGCAGUUUUACCACUGAUUUUCAGAAUGCAUGAAACCUGCUUUUCAGCCAUCUCUUGUCCCUGUAAGAGAAGUUUGAUCUGCAGGUCCUAGAGCAGGGCGAGGCACGGAUGCUGAGAUGACAGACAUCUUGCUCUGGCAGAGGUUGGACCUGAUGACCUUUCAGCUCCCUCCUGACUCCAUGAAUCCCCAUCUCCAAGAUCAUGUCUUGGACGCCUGGAGAAGGGGAUUAUGGUGAAAGGAAUUUGUGUGCUCACUGACAUAUGUGUCAUGUAUGUGUGCAUGGGCAUCCUCCAACUGCCAGGCCCCCAAAGCUCUGGCAGGGCUCCCCACGGAGCUCUGAGCUUUCUUCACCCUUAAAUGGUUAGGAGAGAUGACAGCUCCUUGCUUUGCUUCAAACUUCACCCAACAUGGGUAUCCUGCAGGUGUGUUGGACUGCAAGUGCUCUCAUACCCUGCACAGGUAGUGAGUAAUGGGAGUUUAAUCCGACACAUCUGGAAAGCACCAGCUUGACUAAAUGCAGCUUCAGUUGUGGACCUUCAGGAUUGCUGGCUGAGCUGUAUUUAGAAGGAUUGCAUCCCGCCUCUUUGUGGAAGAAAAAACCAACCCAGCAUUCUUUCUGUCCCAACCUGCUGAAAGUUCUGGGGACACUGCCAUUUUGAAACAAGAAGUUCUUUUCAGCUUGUACUCUCCAUGGUUCAGAUGUUUGCUUUGUUUUGUUGUUCUGUCCUUUCGGUUAUACAUGCAUUUAGUUCCUGUAGAACAAUGUCUCUUGGAGCAGGACUUUCCUGGUUGUGAUGGUGGGCUUGAGUCUUUUCCUUUAAAAAAAAAAAUUAUUAAGAUUUUAAACUAAAACUACACAUAUCAGUCAUCACACACAUCAGAUUUACUGGGUCAGCCCCCUACAACAUGUCUUUUAACAUUCUAUGGGCAUACUAUAAUCCUUUUACAAUAACAUGAAAACAUCCUUAGAUCAAAACCAAGUCCUGUUUCUCCAGCCAAAUAAAAAUGUAAUUCCAAAUUUGAUAGAACUCACUAUCUUCCUUCUUCCAUCUUCUUUUAUUGGUAAAAUCAAUCCCAUCUUUUCUUGCAAAACCCGUUUCUCUUGACCAUUAUUUAAGGGAAGUUUUUCCAGGUUGGGUGAAAUUGCAACAUCUUCUUUCUUCUUCAGUGAUAGAUUUCAUCUAAACAUUUCUGAACAAUUCAAAUUCUAUCCAUUUUUCUAAUAAAAAAUAACUUCCUCACUACCACGAUUACUAGUAACUUCAAAAGGAUCUAUUUGACAUCUCAAAGGGCAUCCUAAACUACUCUGCUUAGUGAUAACAUUAAGCCAAUUUUCUUUAAACUCACUAAUGUUUCAUCUGACAAACUCCAUCUAAUGAAAUAUAGUUAACUCCAUACAGUAUCACAUAUAAACUUACCAACCCAUAUAAGUCAUUCAUUUUUUUUAAAUAGCAAGUUCUCCUAUAUUCAAUUUCAGAUAUAAUCAGAGAUAUCCAUUUAACAAUGUUUCAUUAAGCUAAGUUGUUAAGUUUUCACCAACCACAUUAAAUUAGCCUUUCUGUAUCUCAUGUGCACAUACCAGCCUAUUUAAAUCAUCCCUUUUUAAGAUGAAAAGAGGAACAAAGAGAAAGAAAGAGAAAAAUCUUUACAGUUACAAAUAACAUCAAAAGCAUCCAUUUAUCAUCUCUAAAAACAACUCUAUUUGGUGACUAUUAAUACCUAAAAUGAAUUCUCUUAUUUUCAAAUACAGAUAAAAUCAAAAACAUCCACUUAGCAUCUUUAAAAGCACCAUUAAUUUAUCUGUUUGGUGAUAACUAAUACCUAUAGUAUCUUUUAGCCGAAAUUUCUUUAAACUAAAUUACUAAUGCUUCACCAAGAACAGUAGCUUAGCUUUUCUAUGUUACAUAUGAGCAUGCCAACCUCUAUGCGUCACCCCUUUUUGAAAUAACAAGAAAGAAAGUUCUCUUAUCUUCCCUUUGAUUUUUUUUACACCUCUACCAAACCUUUCUGUUUUCUUUACCUUAUAACAUCGUAAUAUCUGUAGUAGAAUUUUCAAAUGUGGCCACAUAAACAAAGGCUCUCUUAAAUGGUUAACUGUUUUCUCCUUCUCCAACAUAACAAGCAAAUCCAAUAACCACAUGCUGAUUAGCUCCACAGAUUGUGCCAACUUUUCCACUCGUACAAAAAAACAUGCCUGUAAUAAAUCAUGUAAUAAAUCGUAUCCGCCCGUUGCUUCUUUGUUUACAUUAGAAUAUCGUAGUGUCUGCAGUAGAUCAUGUAUCUGGGACUGUAGCCCAGCCAUCUUCUCUUUUUCCAGCUUAACAAGCAAAUCACAUGGAGGCUUAUUUAUUCCUGAUGUUUCCAAAUAUCCGUUUGCUUGUUGUCUAUUUACAAGCCCAUCCCAUAAAAAUUUGCUCUCCAAAUAUCCAUCUGCUUGUUGUCUGUUUAUAGGUCCAUCCCAUAAUAAUUCACUUGUUAUCUUCUCAGUUUCAAAUUUUUCUUCUGCUUGCAGGGUAUUUUGCAUAUUCUGCUCAGAUACAAAUCGUUUGGUCAAAGCUUGAUUAAUAGAAAAAACUAACUUAUCAAAACCAACUUUUGAUUCAAUUAGGAAACAGUCAAGUUGCUUAAUUAAAACAGUCUUCUGUUGCAGUAUUAUUGCCUGUUGAGAUCGCUGCAAGACUGCUAAAGAGGUCUGUAUUUCCAGAAGUAUUUUUUGAAUUUCUUUACUUUCUUCCAUAUUAAUUUCUUCCAUAUUGGCAGUGAUUUUGCAGCCUUGGCAGGGGUCCAAGAGUCUCAGGAACAAAGGCACAAAGAUGGCCGUUAUUUUGGAAGUAGUCCAACACACAAGAAGAUUACUUCUAUCGUUCAAUUAAACAAUUUAUUGUUUUAGUUCUUGCCCUUGGAGAGAUUGAAGAAAAAAAAGAUCUUUUCCUUACUUACAAAGAGCUCUGUCUCUCUCUCUCUUACUUACAAAGAGCUCUGUCUCUCUCUCUCACCACCUUUCAAUUCCAUGGGCGGGGAAGAAUUCUUUCCCUCCUACAUCCGAAGGACUUUCUGUUUCUUCUUUUAUAUCAAUUAGCAAACAAUGCAGCUUUUUCCACGGGUAUCAUUGCAAAAAAAAGAAAGAAAGAAAGAAAGAAAAAUAGUUUCCAGUAGACCUGAUGCUAAUAGCUAAAGUAAACUAAACAAAAAAAGUGUGCCGAGGACUUACACAGAGCUGAGAUCUCUCCUGUACCAUCCAGCUGAGAAAAGCUUGAUUUUCUCCCAGUAAGCGCAGAAUUGCCAUUCAAACACCUGCUGGGAACUUUGCCAAGCAAUCUGUCUUCACCCCUACAGGGCAUAGAUUGGGCCCCCACGGCCCACCACCGGAGAGUUACCAGCGUGAUAACGGAGCCCCGUUAAUCACAUCUGUCUCGUCCCGACACCAUACUUGUCUCCAGCUUGAGUCUUUUCCAUUGUAUGGGAAGCGAGAAAAUAAGGAGCAAUUUUCCAGAAUAUCAUCCUUGGGCUUCUGGGUGGUAAUUCUAAAAUGAUCAAGGAAGUGAAAGUCAAAUCAGAAGACUCUUCUGCCAUAUAGGUGUAAUUGCAUGCAACAGAUUUGGAACUUGUGGCUUAUUUGUCCUUCUGGUGAGCUCUCCCCUCUCUCUACCCCACCAUCUUACUCUUCCUUACAGAAUUAUAAUAGAUCACACAGUUUCCUUAAUGCUUCUCUGGGUACCAAAUCCCAGUCAAGCACCCAAACCAGAGAGGGGUCUUUAGUUCUUCAACAGAGUUUCACUGAAGGUUCCAAUCUACCAGGUGUAGUUUUGUCCUACCACAGAAGGUUAAGUUCUCCUGUUGAAGGGACAACAACAUGAUCUCUGAGUGGAGGACUAGUAACCACAAAUGUAACAUGUCAGAGCAAACAGGAUUUUGCACUGCAGUUGUGACAGAAUCAAAGCACACAUACUGUAAUUGAAAUAUAAAACAGCUUGAACUCAGGUGAACUAUCAUGAGUUUUCAGCCCUGGUGGGAAGCUCAUGGACUGGCCCAGCAGAACAUGCCCUGUUCCCCUCCACACACACCUAUUUUCUUUUCAACCAAUAAUAAUAAAAAGUUGUAAAAGGUUGCAGUUUGCUGCCAAAAUGCAUAAAAUCCCUUUCUCACAUUAAUUCAUCCCUAAGAGUCAUCUCUUGGCUAAAAACCUACAAAAAGUCAAUUAUCAACAUGGAUUGAAUCAUAGAAAGGAGCCUAGAAGGCCAUCAGCUCUAACCCCCUGCUCAAUGCAAGACUCAAGUCUCCCAUCCAGAUUCUAACCCAGCCUGAUCCUGCUUAGCUUCCAAGUUUAGGCAAGAUCAGGCACUUCAGGCUAUAUGAACAAAAAAAGUAAACUUCCAUUAGGAGUCAUGCUAUGCAGCUAGGUUUGGCUCUUGAGGCUGAGGUCCCAGCUCUACAAUAACACCCCCCUCCUCCCAACCCCCAGGAUCUGCUGGUGAUGAGAGCUGCAGAAGCAAGCUCCAUUUUUCCCUGAUGGUGCUAUGAAUUUGGUGUAUGUAAAAAUGUGAAUCCAUACAUCCUCAGGACAUUACUUUUUUAAAAAGCUGGCAAAGUUAUUUAGGUUCUUUUGAGUUUUUGUUUGUUUUGCUCUUGUUCUAACAGAACAGAAAUGAAGAAGCCAUUGUAAAGCAUGGAAUCUCAGUUGGGAAGCCCCUUUUCUUGUCUAAACAUGCCUAGGAUGGUGCCCCAAAUCCAAGAUCUGAAAUGGCCCACCUGUACUACUGAGUACUAUUCUAAACUGAUCCAAAAUAUGUGUCCAGUUUAUUUCAAGUUUUCUUCUCGAUGCAUUAUAAAUAGGGAAUAGCACUUCGGACUCUGCUUGCUUCCUUACAUUUCACACAUACAUCCUUUGACCAAGAUGAAACCUUGAUAGGUCCUGCAAGGUUUUCGGUUGCUUCUACCAAAAGUAAGGAAACCUAGCAAGUGGUCACUUCCAGAGAACAAUCAAAUGUCUUUAAAGGUAUCAAAGACUGGGCAUAAAGAAAUCUGAGGAUUAUAAAUACGCAUUUGAGAGAAUUUAGACCUAUGGGGAAAGGAUCAGACCACAUGAUGUUUAUCAGCCAAAAUUUCUCCUGGGUCAGUCACUGCCAGUUUCCUCCAUUCCUCCUGGUCAGAGAUUCUUUACUUUUUAAGUCUUCAGUUGGCAUCAUCAUCCAAAAGAGAGGGUUCCAUUAUUUGAUUUGAUUGUUUUCUGAAAGGCUGACAUGGAAAGUGUGGGUGUGCAUAGAAUCAGAAGAUGCUUCAGAGGAAUAUGUGUAGCCCACUGGAAACAUUUUGUCACAUUUUCUUGGUCUUUGUGAUAUUUGCUUAUGUGUCAGACAUUCUUGCCUCUGCUGAAAAGCACUCACAAUUCAUUGUCUUCUGGAUCCCACAAUCCAUUGUGUUCCAGAUUGAACUUCACCCCCCCCCCGAAAAAAAGAAAAAAGAAAAAAACCCAAACAAAAGAAAACUCAACCUACAUUCUUGUAUCUCUUUCUUUGCUUUUUUUCUUUUUGCAUCAAUGCUUUUAGGGUUGGUUUGUUGCUGGAUCUUUGCCCCUUUUAUUUCAGUGACAUUUUUCAGUUUGGAUUCUGGUGCAUUUUGGUUUACAUUUUGAGUUUUGUUUUGUACAUUUGUAAAUAUUUGUAUGUUGAAUGUCUGGAUGUACAUUUUAAGCUUUAAAAGCUGCAAGCCAAGCUAUGUGGUAAUCUUA